CAAACAGCUACAACCAAGUCAGCAAAUCAACCAAAUCAAUUCAACAUGUUCAAAUACGCCGUUGUCAUCUGCGCUCUUAUUGCCUGCGUUGCCGCCAAACCAGGAUUUCUGCACACACCGCUGGCAGCUCCCGUGAUUGCAGCACCUGCUCCCGUGAUUGCGGCACCUGCUCCCGUGGUGACUGCUGCCAGUAGCCAGGUGGUGGCCAGAACCCUCAAUGGCAUCGCUGCGGCCCCUGUGAUUGCUCCAGUGCCAGUGGCUCCGGUUGCUGCUCCAGUCGUCAGAGCUGUGGCCCCAGUUGCUGCUCCUUUGGCAGCACCAAUUGCCACUCCAUUCGCUGCUCCUAUCGCCGCUCCCGUCGUUAGAGCUGUGGCCCCAGUGGCUGCUCCAGUAUUCCGUUCAGUGGCCCCAAUUGCUGCACCAAUUGCUACUCCAUUCGCUGCACCAGUUGCUGCUCCUUUGGCUGCCCCAAUUGCCACUCCAUUCGCCGCUCCCAUCGCUGCACCAGUUGUCAGAGCUGUGGCCCCAGUUGCGGCUCCUUUGGCAGCUCCAUUUGCGGCUCCCUUGGCGCAUCCCUAUGCAGCACCUGUCUUUGCCAAAUACUCCGCCCCAUUGGCUUUUGGAGCAGCUCCCUUGAGCUAUGCCGCAGCGCCCGCAUUGUGGUAA